AUGGCAGGCUUGAUGGAGUCGACGGCGACGGUGACAGGCGGGCAGGAUGAAGCAGCCACAGAGAUCAAGAGCUCGUCGUCCUCUCUCGAAGGGAGCACAGAUUGCUCGGCCAAGAUGGAGGCGCCGAAGAUGCUUGCUGGCGGUGCGAAGGAGGCGGUAGAAACAUCUGGGCCAGCAGAGGCAGACGAGAAGCAAGAAGAAGUGCUUCAAGAUCGAUAUCAAGAGAAAGAAGACAGUCGAGAUGAUCAUGGCCCAGAAGCACAAGAGGCUCCAGGGGCACCAGCUGGCUCCAGCGAGGUCAAGAUGUCGAAGGGUAAAGUCGCUCUCAUCAUGCUUGCUCUCUGCACGAUCGUUACUACGGCGCUGCCAACCAUCGCCAGAGAGUUUAACACAUCACAGGCGGACUAUGCCUGGGUUGGCUCUGCAUAUUUGCUCGGCGCUGCCUGUAUGUUACUGUUACCCUCCUGGGCAGUGGUUCUUGUAUUGACUUGUUUCCUAGCAUCGACUCCAUCAUGGGGGAAAGUCAGCGAUAUCUUCGGCCGGAAGCCUGUCUUGCUGGCCGCCAACGUCGUCUUCUUGAUCGGCUCGCUCCUAUGCGGCGUGAGUAUCAAUAUCAAGAUGUUGGUAGCCAGCCGUGUGAUUCAAGGAAUAGGAAGCGGAGGCCUUCUUACUCUCGUGAAUAUCUGUGUGAGCGACUUGUUCAGCAUGAGAACUCGAAGCAUGUACUUUGGUAUCAUCGGCAUGGUAUGGGCUAUAUCAGGCAUCAUUGGGCCUGUCAUCGGUGGCCUUAUGACCCAGUACACCACCUGGCGUUGGUGUUUUUAUAUAAACCUUCCCAUUGACGGAGUUGCUUUUCUGAUUAUAUUCUUCUUCCUGGAGCUCCAUACUCCUACCACCCCAUUGCUAGCCGGACUCCGUGCCAUUGACUGGCUCGGUUCUCUCGCUGUCGUCGGCGGUACGGUGAUGUUCCUCAUCGGCCUUGAGUAUGGUGGCGAAUCUUACCCCUGGUCUUCCCCAACAGUCAUAUGCUUGAUUGUUUUCGGAAUAGUGACAUGGGGCAUCUUUAUUCUUAUUCAGUGGAAGGUUUCGCGUUAUCCAGUCAUGCCGCUGUGGCUCUUUACCCAGCGAUCCACACUCGCGGCAUAUGGAACGGUCCUCAUACAUGGAGCCAUUUAUACUAGCGGAAGCUUCUUCCUUCCACUCUACUUUCAAGCCGUCCUUGGAGAGACACCGCUAAAGUCGGGAAUACUCCUCUUUCCAAACGUUAUAGCAGUUUCUAUCGUCUCUGCGGUCACCGGUAUCUUCAUUCGCAAGACCGGUCUUUGCCUUCCACCAAUUUGGUUUGGAACAACCGUUCUAGUUCUCGGAACAGGACUCUAUAUCAAUCUCCCAUCACACAGAUCGUUGGUCAAAGUUAUCCUCUACCAACUAGUGGCGGGAAUGGGUAUUGGACCUAACUUCCAGGCCCCCAUCAUCGCUCUUCAGAGCCAUAUAAGGCCCAGUGACAUAGCAACUGCCACAGCUUCCAUAGCCUUCUGCAGGAAUCUUGCUAGCAGUAUCUCCGUUGUCAUCGGAGGUGUCAUUAUCCAGAACAGACUCCAAAGUAACAUUCUAGAGAUCCAACACCUCCUCAGCCCCAAGACAUUGGAUGCAUUGCAAGGAGUCUCUGCUGGCGCUUCGGUGCAUAUCAUCCAGGCUCUCCCGCCAAACGAAAAGCAACCAGUUCUCGACGCCUAUACCAAAAGUUUGAGCACCAUGUGGAUAUUCUAUACCGCCCUCGCUGCUAUCGGUUUUAUAGUUAGUUUGCUUCUACAGAAAAAGAGGCUCAACAAGGAACACGAAGUUACCAAGACCGGACUUGAUGCUCAGGAACGAGCGAGGAAAGAAAGGCUGCAGAUGGAGAAAGAAGCGAAGAGUAGUCGAAAUAAGGCUGUUUGA